AUGGUGUCUGCUAUUCUGGUAAUGAAAUCAAACGAAUGUCCCGGCAGUAUCGAAUUCGGCGAAUCUGUCCCACGAGGCAAACGAAAGCCGGGGUGGACGAUGGGCGGCUGCGGCAAUCGAGGCGCUCAACAGGCAGCGAAGCCUGUCACGGUCACCGUACCUCGUCCCAUCCGACGCGCAAAAUCGGCACCAGCUCCUGGAGAUUCGAUUUCGGAGGGUUCGGGAGAUGGAAAUGCGCUUCGUGCGGUCGUCGUUAAAGAGCCGGAGAUCUGGAGGCGAUCUUCACGUGCACCGGAGCUUCGCAGCCAACCACGCGUCGCUACCCGGGCUUUAGCCGCUGCUAUUGUCUCUAUUCGCUGCAAGCCAAUUGAUGUCGCCAUGAAUAGUUUCAAACUUCACGUUGCCGCCGAGACUCUCCUUGAGGAUACCCAUCCGGCUAUUGUUGCGUCCCUUGCGCAGCGGGUCGAGGCCAUUAGUGCUGAGCUGAAGCUCGCUCUCUACUAUUAG